GUCCGACAGCAUUGUGCUUCCUCCGUGUCUUCUCAUGAGGACUUCCUGGUGACCGUGUUGGCAGUGUCAUUUCUGUUGAGAAAAGUCUGCCGGGUCAGAUCCUUGAAAUUGGUAGUCAUUGCUGUCUUUGAGACAACAGCUCGCGCGUCGGUAAUUUGCGCACAUCAUACAUCCCCGUCUUUGAAAAAAGCCUGCUUCUGUGUCUAGCGCUAAACAAUAUCACAAUGAAGAAAAAGCAACCGCCCAUCCUCGUCCAAAACCGGGGCAAAUGCAAGGUGCAGCAACAGCCCGACGGAAAGUGGAAGGCUUGGGUGAGAAUCACUAGGGCUGCAACCAGCAGCACUCCUGCUAACUCGCAAAACCCAGCAAACCCCAAAUCAACCAAGUCCGCCAGCACGACCAACACAGACCCUGCACCUCCUUCAAAAACAAACACCGGCUUCAUCAAACGCCAAAUGUUGGUCGAUACCGGGGCGAAGCGAACGGUCUUGUCCCCUGUGGACGCGUUUGAGGUGUUGAAAUUGAAACCGCUGGAGGGAAAAACGGUCACGGUGAAGACGACGGAUGGAAAAUCGCAACGGGAGCUUGCGAGGGUUAGGAUCGAGGAGUUGAGCGCGUUUGGGAGCAACAGUUCCAGUAAUUUUCCAACUAACAGCCCCUCUUGGACGAGUCCGGCUAGCAGCGCGGCAUCUGUGAUUCCGAGAAAUGGCAGUUUUAACGGAGAGCAGCAAGCAGUUUUGGCAGCUGGUGGAGGACCGGGAACUGGAACUGGUCAACAACUACAACAGCAGCCUCAGAGCCCCCACACCUGUGUUGUGGAGCUGACUUGUAGCAUUCGCACUGGCUUAUUAGAAAACCACGGAAUUCUUGGUCGGGACUGGAUUUCCAUUGCGCAGCCGGCCUGGUGCUACUACGCGAACCAGGUGGGCGGGGUCGUGAAGGAUCGGAAAACGCAGGCUGCGCCGAGCAAUGUUGUAACCACGUCGUCGUCAGGGAUGUUGAAUUAUGCGGUGAAUGGAGCAUCAGCUUCAUCCAAAGUGGGGGCAACUGCAUCGAAGAAGAAAGCCGCUGGUACAACUGCGACUGCAGGCCCUGCUGUUCCAGUCUUUCUUCCGACCUCCGCACCACUGGAUGAUUUCGAAGAGGAAUUUCAAAUUGAGGCGAAUGAAGAUGAUUUGUCGGAAAGCGGGCAAGUUUUUCUUCACGGAGAUCGUGGUGGGCCGCGGGUGUUGUAUUCGGACGUGGAUGACGAUGAGAACAAUGAAGGUGGUGCUUCUUCUUCUUCCGAUGACGAGCAGCGACAGCGGGCGCGGCUGGAUACAGAGGACCUGGUGGAGUUGAGGCAGGACGAGGAAUUGCGGCACGAUUUGAGAAGCUUGACCUUGCGGGGGGAUGAGCAGUAUUGAAGCUUUAGCACGCUAGACAAAAUCUGCGCAUUCAAAUGGUCCUCGUGUCUGGUUAUUUUUACACCCGUGCGAUGAGAGCGAGGCUAGAUCAAGAAUCAGAUCGACUUCCACCGAGUACAAGCUCUAUUGGAUCUGACAGUUUGCUAUGAAGGUUGAAAAAACUAAAACUGUGAACUGUAGGUCGCCCCGCACCUCAAAUCAAUGAAUGCUUGACAUGAUGAAAUCUGAAUUGUGCUGGGAGGUCAAACUAACAUGGACCUGUAUAUGGUCAGAGUAAGGAGGACGUGAGCCAACGUGAUCUACACGAAGCACCAGCAUCUUGAU